AUGGCCGCGCCCACGCAGAGCAGCCCGCUCCGCCGAUGGAAGCGUUUCUUCCGCGCCUUCGACUCUGUGGAUGCCGCCAUCAAGCCCUCCGACCCUGACCACUCACGCGGCGAGCUCCGGCGCGCCAGGGUCGACAUCGUGGAGCAGCUCUGCGACGCCGCGGACGACGAUCAGGCGGAGCGCCUCUGCAAGAUUCUCGACGACCACAUGGCGGAGUCCCUUGAGACGCUGCGACUGGUUCCGGUGAUGCCCGACCUGUUGGUUUCCACGGACCUCGGCAAGUCCGUCUGCGCGCUGCGCAGGCACGAGUCGGAGCGCGUCCGCGUCCUGGCCAGAGGCCUCGUGAGCGGGUGGAGGGCGUCGAUGCAGGACGAGCUCACCAAGGUCAGAGACGCCCUGCACAAGCUUGACAACAUCAACAUGCCGCAGACAAAGGAGAUCGCCGUCGAUCAGCAGCAGCAACAUGUCUCCGUCGAUUCUGGCAUCGUCGUGAAGACCGUGGGAAUCAGCAAGAAGGCGUCCCCCGCCGGUGACCGUGCUGGGCUCUGCUCCGAGGAGAAGAUGGAAGCUGCGAAACGCAAGCUCUGCCAAGGUUACCAAGAAGCAGAGGACGCCAAACGGCUGCGCCACAGUUGGUGCAGGCGCCCAAGAUGA